CAGACCGAGCUCGGAGCAUCAGUGAGCGGCGGAGAGGAGGAUGCGGGACGGCGGUGUGUGUGUAGCGGAUCUACCGGGCGUGUAAAAAGCGGGACGAUAUGAGUGUGACAUCUGAACUGAAUGCUUUUAUUGUCGGCAUUGUUGGAUGUUUUUUCUCACCGAGUGAAUCUGGACGUGGAUCUGCAAUGGAGCGUCGAUCCUGUGAGAGCUGCUGACCGUGUUAGUGUUUGUUUGUGAGCUAAUAUUACAGACAAUAAUGAAAGGAGAUUAGCCAUUAGACACAGACACAGUUCAGAAUUCAUCUUGGUAAUUAGUCGGCUUUUUCUAAGGGACUGUGGCUAUAUUCCUUUUAUGAUCAAAUCAGGUAGCAUUACUGAGUGUGUUAUUAAUGAUUUAAACAAAAUCAAUGGUUACACAAUUCGCUGGCAGACAGCAGGCUGAUUAAAGGCCUGUUUUGAUUGUCAUUAUAUAAAUUGUCCUUUUGUUGCUUAAAACGAGAGAGGCAGUCAUGUCAAAAAAUAAGAGCAGCGAGUCAGUGAAGGUGGUAGUUCGAUGCCGGCCCUUAAACCGGAAAGAGGAGUCCAUUGGGCCUGCAGGGUGCAUUGUGCAGAUGGACAUCCGGCUCGGACAGGUGAUCCUCAGAAACCCUCGAUCCACAGCCAGCGAGCCGCAGAAAACAUUCACAUUCGAUGCAGUUUAUGACGCAAACUCCAAACAGCGAGAUCUGUACGACGAAAGUGUGAGACCUCUGAUAGAUUCGGUUCUCGCAGGGUUCAAUGGCACCAUAUUUGCCUAUGGACAAACCGGGACUGGCAAGACGUACACCAUGCAGGGGGCAUGGAUGGACCCGGAGAAACGUGGCGUGAUCCCCAACGCUUUUGACCACAUCUUCACACACAUCUCCCGCUCACAGUCUGAUAGGCAGUACCUGGUGCGGGCGUCCUACCUCGAGAUCUACUUGGAGGAGGUCCGGGAUCUCCUGGAUCCCAACCACGGGAACGCCAGAGCGCUGGAGCUCCGGGAGAAUCCGGACUCUGGGGUGUACGUUCGUGACCUCACAUCGUGUGUCUGCAAGAGCAUCAAGGAGAUCGAGGAGGUGAUGAACGUGGGCAACCAGGCCAGGGCGGUUGGGGCGACGGACAUGAACGAACACUCUUCACGGUCCCACGCUCUGUUUAUGAUUACAGUAGAGUGCAGCCAGCCUGGACCAGAUGGGAGGAAGCACAUCCGGGUGGGACGCCUUAACCUGGUGGAUCUUGCCGGAAGUGAGCGUCAAGCAAAGACAGGAGUCCAGGGUGAGCGCCUAAAGGAGGCCGCCAAGAUCAACUUGUCUUUGUCGGCGCUGGGGAACGUGAUCUCAGCGCUGGCCGACGGACGCAGCAGCCACGUCCCGUACCGAGACUCCAAGCUGACCCGGCUUUUACAGGACUCUUUGGGCGGGAACGCAAAAACUAUCAUGGUUGCCACCUUGGGCCCAUCCCCGCAGCACUACGACGAGACCCUCACCACCUUACGCUAUGCCAACCGGGCCAAGAACAUCCAGAACCAGCCCAGAGUCAACGAGGAUCCAAAGGACGCUCUACUACGAGAGUUUCAGAUGGAGAUCGCUCGCCUGCGGGCUCAGCUCCACCACAGGAAGUGGAGGAGCAAACAGAAGAAGGAGCAGGUGGAUGGAGAGGACUGGGAAGGAGAUGGGGAUGAGGAGACGGAUGGCGAGGAGAAGGCGGUGGAGGAGUACGUGAAGCUGGAGGAACAAAGGCUGGAGAGGGAGAAACAGGACAUUAGAGAAGAUCAGUUCAUGUUGGCUGAGGAGAAGCAUAGGCUCCUGGGAGAGAAGAGGAUGAUGGGAGAUCUGAGGAAGGAGCAGGAGGCCACAGAGCAACUGACCGCCAAGUACAAGGCGAUGGAGAGCAAGCUGCUGGUCGGGGGGAAGAAUAUCAUCGAUCACACCAACGAGCAGCAGAAGAUGCUGGAGAUGAAGAGGCACGAGAUUGCUGAGCAGUCGAGCAGCGAGAGGGAGAUCCAGCAGCAGAUGUUGGUGCAGGACGAGGAGACGGUGGAGCUCAGAGAGACGUUCACCUCCCUGCAGCAGGAGGUGGAGGCCAAGACCAAGAAGCUCAAGAAGCUGUAUGCCAAGCUCCAGUGCAUUAAAGCGGAGAUCCAGGACGUGAACGACGAGCACGUGAGGAGCCGGCAGGAGCUGGAGCAGACCCAGAACGAGCUCACCAGAGAGCUCAAGUUCAAGUAUCUGAUCAUCGAGAACUUCAUCCCGCCGGAGGAGAAGAAUAAGAUCAUGAGCCGACUGACCUUCGACACUGAGGAGGACCAGUGGAAGUUUCAGCCUCUGGUUCCUGCAGAAAGUAAAUCCUCGCAGAUGAAGAAGAGGCCGGCUUCUGCGGUCGGAUACAAGCGACCAAUCAGCCAGUACGCCAGGGUUGCCAUAGCGAUGGGACCUCACUCCAGAUACAGGGCUGAGAACAUCAUGUUUCUGGAGCUGGACAUGACUCCUCCAAACACCGCCUCGCUGGACCGAUCCACAGAGUCGGAUCGGAACCAAAGCCCCUCGGUGGACGGCUCGCCCACCAAGGACAGCGGCGUCCGCAAGUCUCGCUCCUGGUGCCAGACUCCAAAAUCCCUCACUUCCUCUUCUUCUAAUGCCUCCUUGGCGGCGUGUCACACUGCCACACCGAUGACGGCGCAGUAAAGCUUUAGCGGAGAGGAUCUUUUUUAUUGUUAUUUAUUUAAUUCCUUCACUUCUUCUUCCUUAUUUUCCUCUUUAAAAUGUUGGCCAGUGAUCCUCUCAAAGACUUCUGGGACACACCUGAGGGGCGAUACACUGAAUUACAUGUAAAGAUACGUUAAAAAGGAGGUGAUAAACUACGGGACGAGAAACGAAAUGACCGAAUGACCUUCAGAAAGUCUUUGAAACAUCACUUCCUGCUGUUCUACGGAUGUAAAGACACACCAAAACAUCUCUUCCUUUGCAUGUUUGAGCCUCGGAUCAUCCUUUAAAACAGCUCAGAGUGUGUGUGUGUGUGUGUGUGUGUGUGUGUGUGUGUGUGUGUGUGUGUGUGUGUGUGUGUGUGUGUGUGUGUGUGUGUGUGUGUGUGUGUGUGUGUGUGUGUGUGUGUUAACUGUACUCUGAUCUGAGAGCUCCCAAACUGCUUGAAUCCCCUGUAAGAUAUCAGUGUAAAUAUUUCAUGUAUUCGGGGGGGGGUUUUCUGGGCAGGCUCGGGCUGCGUCUGUGUAAAAAUGGGGACAGUUGGAUCAAAAAUGGAAAAAGAAGAGUAGAAAAUAUUGAUGUAACGUGUGAUGUGUGUAUUUGUUGGUGAGAUGAGCUGUUGUGAUGACCGUUUCCACAGCUGUUGUCUGUCAUUAUUCCUGUGUGUGUCCUCUACUGUGUCUGAAUUUGAAAAGCAACGCCUUAAAAUAUUGAUUAAAAUUGAAGAAUCUGAAGCAUGUCACAUUUCUAAAAAAGAGUUUGCUUGGAUUUGUAUUCAUACUCACAUUUGUACCUCUUUUAGAUCAGUGUCCAAGCUAAAUGUAACAAGUCAUUUACCACAGCGACAUCACUAAGGUACUGACUGAGCGUGAAAUGUUAUUAUUGGUCAUGGAAACAGCAGUUUGAUAAAGUCGUAACUCAAUGGCAAGUUGUAUUUCGUUGGAGUUCAAUGAGUUUUAAUCAUGUAAUCAUCUGAUAUCAGUCGACUAAACGUGUAUGAUGAUAAUGAAGAUGGACAUAUUUAAACAUUGAUGUUGGGCCUCCAGUGCAGCAGGUAUUGAGUUUGUUAGAGCCCAGUCUGCAGGCGGGUGUGUACAGUUUAGUGUCACUGGGUUCUUUACUGGAGGUUAAGAGCAGCAGAUAGUGGGGGGGGGUAAGGCGGACUAAUUAUCACUGUUUUAUUCAUGCCACAGAUCCAGUGUCAGCUGAACCCCCUGAGAGCACAGAGCAGCCCUUUAGUAGCGUAUAUAAACAACAUUUAUUAUCAAUGAGCUGCUGAUUUGUCUUGUUUUUAAGCAUUUAUUUUACAGUAUGUUGUCCCACUUUUUGUGUGAGCCAAACGUGAAAAAUAUGAUUGAUAACAACUAAUACUGUCUCAGAAAUCUGCAGUGAUAUGGAGUAUGUUAAAGGUAUAAACAUUUACUAUGACUUGUUGUUGCAGUAAAUUCAGUAAAAGAUGUUUAUCACACAUUCCCAGAGCACAAUGUGACUUAUUUAGUUUGACGACGGGGCUCCAAAACCCAAAGAAUUUUAUAUAAAACAGAACAUCUUCACAUAUGAGAAGCUAGAGCCUGAACAUGUUUGACCUUUUGGCUUAAAAUAUUGUUUCAUAAGAGGGUUUUUUUAACACUUACUCUCCUUAUUUACAGUUAAACUGACCAAAUAUAAACACUAUUUGAGAAAGGAGGUUUAGAUUCUGUUCUCGAUGAAUUUUAAAUCUGUGUUAACCUACUUCCCUCCCUGUCUCAACCAUGUAUGGAUGCACACUGAGGAUUUUGUGUUUAGUCAUUGGUUACUGGGUACAUAACUGACCCUUAUGCUAGUUGAAAAAAAGAAAAGUGACUCAAAAUGCUCUGAGAUUCACCACAAAUUCAAGAGAUGUUGUUCAAUUAUUUGGAUUCAAGAAUGAUAAGGCCAUGUUUACAGGGAUUAAAGUGAUGCUAUUCAAUGCAGAAUGUGAUCAAAACAGCGCCUUUACAUGUAUAUCUACUGUGUGAUGUCUAUUUCCCCUGUGUAUAAUGCAACAGUCUGCCUCAACAUAUCCAUGAAAUACUAUCUAAAUUAUAGAGGAAGACAGGGAAACAAGGAUGAAUGUAAUUUGGUUGAAUAAUUAGGAAAACAAACAGCUGUUUUCCAGUCUGUGUUGCCUCAAAAAUGUGCUCAUCUAUAAAUAUUUUGCCACAUUAGUCUGUAAAGUCAUUCAUGUACAUUUCCUGUGUGUGUGUGUGUGUGUGUGUGUGUGUGUGUGUGUGUGUGUGUGUGUGUGUGUGUGUGUGUGUGUGUGUGUAUGGCUAUGGGGGAGGAUGUAUGCAGGGAUAUCCAAAUACAAUCAGGAAGUGACUGUGGAGGAGGUGGAUACGGAGCCUGUUUCCAUGGUAACCUGCCAGUGUAAAAUGUUGGGAUGGAUGGGGGGAGGGGGC